AUGGUACUCAAUUAUUACUACGAUUUAAUGUCACAGCCGUGUCGGGCUUUGUACAUUUUCCUGAAAAUGACUGGCAUUCCGUACGAACCUAAAGAGGUUGCGUUAAGGAAGCUUGAACAUAUGACAGAUGAAUACGGUCAACUGAAUCCGUUUCGAAAAGUUCCGGUGAUCGACGACUCGGGUUUUGUUCUUACGGAAAGCGUGGCUAUUCUUACUUAUCUUUGCGAGAAACAUAAAAAAUAUGAUUGGUAUCCGAAAGAACUGAAAGACCGAGCACGGGUUGAUGAGUACAAUAAUUGGCAACACGCCAACCUACGUCUGAAUGGUUCAACAUUGUUUCUUUCUAAAAUUAUCAUCCCGGGUAUGACUGGUAAACCACCGAACGAGAAUGAGUUAGAGAAAUGGCGAAAUAAAUGGGAAGAAUCAACUGGUCAUUUGGAAAACGUUUGGCUCAAACGAUCGCCCUAUGUCGCCGGAGGCCACAUCACAAUUUCUGAUCUACUUGGUGUCUGUGAAAUGAUGCAACCGAUAUCAGCUGGUUAUGAUUUCGACGCAAAAAAAUUUCCUCGUGUUCAAGAAUGGAUGGAACGCGUGAAGAAAGAAACUCAACCGCACUUUGAUCAAGCACAUGUUUUCUCCAUGCGUUUAAAGAAAAGCAUGUCGAAAUAA